AUGCCGCCAGUCCCACCGCAGGUCCCUGUGCCGCCACUGUCCACCCUCGACGGCCCCUUCCAGCUCGCCGAAUACCUUGCACUCAAGGUCCGCAAUGACCCACACGACAUCAAAGGGUUGGUAGACGUGCCUUCUGACAAUGCCAAGGCGGCCGACCAGCAUGUUUGGAUCUAUGAGCACCUCCGCUCAUGCCCAGAAAUGAAGGCAGACGAGUGGCUGUACCUCUGCGUCGCACACGGCGGAGGGGGGACAGACCGCUGUUGCGCCAUCGACUACAUUCUUCACACCCUCGACUCGACCUCUGCCCUCCUCAACUCGUCCAACUACUUUCCCUCGCGUCUGCAGAUCCCCAACGCCUCUCUCGCCCAUUUCCCCUCAUUGUUCCGCCGUCUGUCGCGCAUCUUCUCGCACGCCUACUUCCAUCACCGCGAGGCGUUUGCGACGUCGGAAGCUGAAACGUCGCUAUACGCUCGUUUCGUUGCCCUGUGCAAAAAGUACGAGCUGGUCGGAUCCAGCCUGCUCAUCAUCCCUUCGGAGGGCUACGAGGUGGCGCAGGACUCGGAUGAGGAGGAUGGAGGCCGCAAUGGCCACGACGAUGACGACGAGAAGAUGGAUGAGGACUCGGACGACGAGGAACCUCCGCCAGCGGACAGCGACCACGACCAGGCGGGUUUGGAACGCGACGAGGCGGCCAACGGCCCGCAGUCGCCUCAGUCGCCUCAGUCACCGCAGUCGCCGCGUGGACGGGAUGCAGACGGGUCGCCAGCUUCUACCAGAUCACAUUCCCUCGGCCGUCACCCAUACUCGCCGGGCAAGUGGUCAGCGUCGCCUGUGCAGCCGGCCAACAAGGGAAAGCCGGCACCGGCACAGGCAUCCGAGUCGCUGAGCCCACCGAGCACUCGUGCCCAGCUUGACAUGCCCGAUCCCAUCAUCCCCACUUUGGUCCAAGGAAAGGGUACUCUGAGUCGCGGCAAGGGCGCUCGAGGCAGCACCGCCAACGUCUGGGCCGCUGCUGCUGCCGAGGCCCCACCACUCACUCUCCCCGAGGACACACCCGCGUCCAUCAUUGGCAUGGCAAGGAAGGAGAGUGUCGACAGUGUGGUUCACAUUGGCCCAUCCGAGGGCCAGGAGGACGUGUCGCUCGCAGUCAGCCCUCCUGCAAACAUCUCGCCGGCCUCUCCGAGCCCGGCCAAGAGCGUGCUCAAGGUCGAUACGGUCACUACGGAAGUGCACGCCGACGCCGAGGUCGACAGUCUCGUCACCCCAACGCCAGGAGAAGGAGCAAGCCACAUGCCACCACUGCCCGAGACCGCCCCCUGCCCGCCUGCCCCCACGCCGAGCGCAUUCGCAGCCGCUGCUGCCCCCGCUGCGACUGGCGUUGCGGCCGAACCCCUGGCCGACAGCCCUGUUCUUCCGAGCGCCAAUGCGGCUGCCGUGCCGACCCCCAUCCCCACCAAGGAGGACCCCGUCGAGGAGCUGGCCUCGCCCAUCCAGUCGCCCCCCAUCGCCGUGUCCCCGCCCAAGAGCGACCCGGUCGCAACAGAAGCGGCCACCACCACAGACCUGUCCACCUCGCCCACGAUCGAGAUUGAGGCCGAGACACCUGUCGCCGUCCUCAUCGACGCUGCCGGCGCCGCCGAGGACAAGGACCUCGUCGCCCAGGAAAAGGAAAAGGACCAGGACCAGGACCAGGACCUGCUCGUCUCGCCCAAAUCGGAGCUGCUCUCCGUCUCGCCAAAGCCCCAGUCGUCGCCCAUGGCCAAGCGCAGCGGCGGCGGCGGCCGCGCCGGCAAGUCGCGCCAGCCCAAGUCGUCGCCCAACAAGCCCAAGUCGCCAGUGGCCAAGCCGACGGCCGACGACGACAAGCGCGCUGUGGCGGCCGAGGCCGAGUGA